AUGCUUCUUCUUUUUUUCUUCUUUUAUCUUUUAUUUCGUCUGUUUUUCUUAUUUGUUGCCUUUUUAUUCUUUUUCAUAUUUCAUCAUAUUUUUUUUUCUUUUUCUCUUCUUCUAUCUUUGUCUUCAAAUUUUUUUUUUCUUAUUUGCUGGCUUUUUUAUUCCUUUUUAUAUUUCACCUUAUGUUUUUGUCUUUUUUUCUUCUAUCUUUUUUCUUCAAAUCUAUUUUUCUUAUUUGUUGAUUUUUUUUCCCUUUUCAUAUUUCACCUUAUGUUUUUUUUUCUUCCAUCUUUGUCUUCAAAUCUAUUUUUCUUUUUUGCUGGCUUUUUAUUCCUUUUUAUAUUUCACUUUAUGUUUUUCUCUUUUUUCUUCCAUCUUUGUCUUCAAAUCUAUUUUUCUUUUUUGCUGGCUUUUUAUUCCUUUUUAUAUUAUACUUUAUGUUUUUCUCUUUUUUCUUCCAUCUUUUUCUUCAAAUCUAUUUUUAUUUUUUGCUGGCUUUUUAUUCCUUUUUAUAUUUCACUUUAUGUUUUUCUCUUUUUUCUUCCAUCUUUGUCUUCAAAUCUAUUUUUCUUAUUUGCUGGCUUUUUUAUUUCUUUGAAUAUUUCUCCUGUUGUUUCGCUGUUUUAUCUUCUUUUUUUUUUCAAAAAAUAUUUUUCUUCAUUCAAGUUUUUUUAUUCGUUUUCAUUUUUCUCCUUUUGUUUCUUCUUCUGCCUUAUUCUUCAACUUUAUUUUUCUCCAAUUUCUGACACUUUAUUUAUUUUCAUUUUUCGACUUUUGUUUCUUAUUCUGACUUUUUCUUCAAAUCUAUUUUUCUUUUUUCCUGUCUUUUUAAUCCUUUUAAUUUUACCGUCUUCUGCUUCUUUCGUUUCUUCUUUUCACUUUUUCUUCAAAUUUAUUUGUCUUCUUUCCUGGCUUUUUUUUUUAUUGCUUUUCAUUUUUCACCAUCGGAUCUUAUUUUCUCCCAUUCCUGGAUUCUUAAUCCUUUUCUUUUUUUUAGUUUCUUCUCUAUUAUUUUUCUUCAAAUCUUGUUUUUUUGUUUGUUUUUAUUUUUAUUUUUUGUUUUUUUAUUUUCCGGGCUUUUUAUUCCUUUUCAUUUUUCUCAUUCGGUUUCGACUUUUGUCUUUUUUCAUCGAGUAUAUUUUUCCACCAAUAAUACUUUCUUUUUAUUUUAAUUUUCAUUUUCUUGUUCUUGGUUUUUCUUUCUUAUCUGGCCGUUCUUAUUCAUCUUCCUUGUCUUUCUUCUAUUUCUCGUUCUGUCCUGUUCUUACAAUUUAUUUUUCUCACUUCUUCAAUUUCUCAUUCAUUUUUAUUUUUCCUCUUGUCUUCUUUCUUCAAAUGUAUUUUUCUUUCAAUCUUGACUUUCUUAUUUCUUUUCAUUUUGCUUUUCUUAUUUUUUCUUCUCGACUCCCAUUUUCAUUCUUUCUCUUACGUUUUCUUUUCUACAUUUCGAUUCCAUUUUCGGGGGAAUUUUAUAUUUUAUAUUCCUUUUCUACAUCAGUUUUCUCCCUCCACAUGUCUUCUGAUCUAUCUAUCUAUCUAUCUAUCUAUCUAUCUAUCUAUCUAUCUCAAUCGUUUCAGAUAUUUCUAUUUCACUCUUUUCAUAUCUAUCUAUCUCAAUCCUAUCUAUCUAUCUAUCUAUCUAUCUAUCUAUCUAUCUAUCUAAGACAGACUUACCCUUAUCUAUCUAUCUAUCUAUCUAUCUAUCUAUCUAUCUAUCUAUCUACCCGAAUGCUUAUCUAA